CGCGCUUUAAAGUAUUGUGCACGAAUGGACGCGCUUCUGUCGACGCCCGAGACGGACGACGACGUGUCGACGCAGCUCGCAGCGCCCAAGCGGUCGCCGUACCAGCGCUACAUGGACCGGCAGCACGCCGAGGCCGCGUCGCUCCAGCGCCAAGUGACCGAGCUCCGGGGCCAGCUGCGAGCGCUCGCCACCGCCCGCGAGCUCGCGGACGCAGCCCACCCCGCGACGAGCGAGUGGGCGCGCCUCGCCAAGGCGGAGCGCAAGCGCCUCUGCGAAAGCAGGACCGACAACCGUCGGCUCAAGGUCGCCGUGAAAGAGUAUACCGAGCACGCACAGGCGCUCGCGCUGCUCAUCGGGAAGACACCGCGCCCGCUCGUCGUGGCGAUGGACCCGAACGACCAGUGGAAGCAUUUGCGCCUCGGCGCGGACCCGCUCCUGCGCUACUCGGGCUACCACGCGAUGGCAGACCGCGAGCGCCACCAUUUACGCAGCGCCUUCUUGGAGGCGGGCCUCGUCGAGUCGCGAGCCGUGCCCCACUCGUUCGAGACGCGCGUCUUCCACCAAACGCUCGAGAUCCAAGCCCGCGUCUGCGUCCGGCUACCUCGUCGCUUCGACACGCCCAUGGACUUUGAGAUCAUGACCCGUGUCAUCUGGGACAUUAUGAGCGGAAACGUUAUCGUUGCGUCGCCGACCGGGUACCGCGAGGUGCUCACCAAGGUUGACGACACGAUAACAUACAUUACGACCAAGCGCCACUACACGCUGGGCUCCAGCGUUCGCAACGUCAUCGUCAAGCGGUACAUGGAGGCAAACCGGUUCGUCCUCGUGUGGCGAAGCGUCGAAGACGACGAGCUCUUUCCUUUUGAAGACGGCAGGGACGUCGCGCGCGAAGUCGGCUGGAUGCUCCUCGAGCCAUGCGAGUCUGGCUUCCUCUUCAAGGUCUUCACCAAGCUCCAGCCAUUCACGUCCGGGCACGACUGCUCGCCAGACGAGAUUCGAACGUACAUGCAAGAUCUGCACGGUGCGUCGCGGAACGAGCUGCGCAUGUUCCUCCUCGAAGCCGACAAGCAGUUUACCGCGCACCAGCGAGCGGCGUUUGCCGAGAAAAAGUCAGCAGCCAGUGCCGCCUAUGGCUGACGAGAUACGUUUACAAGUCAUCAAGUGUCUUUGUCUGUAGCA